AUGGCUGUUCAGGUUCUCCAACCCGCCUCGGCCAGCUACGGCACCGACGAGCGUCUCGUCAGCCUCGAGCUCGAGGAUGGCUCGAUCUACCGGGGCUACAGCUUCGGUGCGGAGAAGAGCAUUGCCGGAGAGCUGGUCUUCCAGACCGGCAUGGUGGGAUACCCCGAGUCCGUCACGGACCCCUCCUACCGCGGCCAGAUCCUCGUCAUCACCUUUCCCCUGGUUGGAAACUACGGUGUCCCUUCGCGGGAGACGCUGGACGAGCUGCUCGGCGACCUGCCUGCCCACUUUGAGUCUUCCCAGAUUCACAUUGCCGGUCUGGUGGUCGCCUCCUACUGCGGCGAGGACUACUCCCACUUCCUGGCCACCUCUUCUCUGGGCACAUGGCUCAAGGAGCAGGGCGUCCCCGCCAUGUACGGCGUCGACACCCGAGCCCUGACCAAGAGGAUCCGCGAGAAGGGAAGCAUGCUGGGCAAGAUGAGACUUGCCAGCCUCUCCUCAGCCGAUACCUUUGAGGAAAUCGACUGGGUGAACCCCAACACACAGAACUUGGUGGCACAGGUAUCCAUCAAGGAGCCCAAGCUGUAUAAGCCACCCGCGUCUGUUGCUCGCAAGCAUCCUUCCGGCCGGACGAUCCGUGUUUUGUGUGUCGAUGUCGGUAUGAAGUACAACCAGCUGCGAUGCUUCCUCAAGCGAGGCGUCGAAGUCGUAGUCUGCCCCUGGGACUAUGACCUGGCCAAGGCCGCAGGCGAGGAGUACGACGGUCUCUUCGUCUCCAACGGUCCCGGUGACCCGGCCAUGCUGGACAUCACCUCCAAGAACAUUGCUGCCGUCAUGGAGACCAACAAGAUCCCCAUCUUUGGUAUCUGCUUGGGACACCAGCUCAUGGCCCGCGCUUCCGGCGCAAAGACGACCAAGAUGAAGUUUGGUAACCGCGGCCACAACAUUCCCUGCACCAGCAUGGUCACCGGAAAGUGCCACAUCACUUCUCAGAACCACGGUUUCGCCGUGGAUGCCGAGAGCCUGCCCGCCGGCUGGAAAGAGCUCUUUGUCAACGCCAACGAUGGCAGCAACGAGGGUAUCAUGCACGUCGAGAAGCCCUACUUCAGCGUCCAGUUCCACCCCGAGAGCACGCCGGGUCCCCGCGACACCGAGUACCUCUUUGACGUCUUCAUUGACACCAUGGCCAACUGUGCAGAGAACCCUGCUGCGCUGCAGGCUCCCGUCCACUUCCCCGGCGGAACCAUUGAGGAGAAUGAGAGGCUUCACCCUCGCGUCUCUGUCAAGAAGGUCCUUGUUCUCGGCAGUGGUGGUCUCAGCAUCGGUCAGGCUGGCGAGUUCGACUACUCGGGCUCCCAGGCCAUCAAGGCGCUGAAGGAGGAGGGCAUCUACACCGUCCUCAUCAACCCCAACAUCGCCACCAUCCAGACCUCAAAGGGCUUGGCCGACAAGGUCUACUUCCUCCCCGUCAACGCCGAGUUUGUGCGCAAGGUCAUCCAGUAUGAGAGGCCCGAUGCCAUCUACGUUACCUUCGGAGGUCAGACAGCCCUGCAGGUCGGUAUCCAGCUCAAGGACGAGUUCGAGAGCCUCGGCGUCAAGGUCCUGGGCACCCCCAUCGACACCAUCAUCACCACCGAGGACCGAGAGCUCUUUGCGCGCAGCAUGGACUCCAUUGGCGAAAAGUGCGCCAAGUCCGCCUCGGCCAGCAGCGUGGACGAGGCUAUGCACGUCGUCAAGGACAUUGGCUUCCCCGUCAUUGUCCGUGCCGCCUACGCCCUGGGUGGUCUGGGAAGUGGUUUCGCCAACAACGAGCAGGAGCUGCUCGAUCUCUGCCACAAGGCUUUCGCUGCCAGCCCCCAGGUCCUGAUUGAGCGAAGUAUGAAGGGCUGGAAGGAGAUUGAGUACGAGGUCGUCCGAGAUGCCCAGGACAACUGUAUCACAGUCUGCAACAUGGAGAACUUUGACCCUCUCGGCAUCCACACGGGCGACUCCAUCGUCGUUGCCCCCUCUCAGACUCUCUCCGACGAGGACUACAACAUGCUGCGAACAACGGCCGUCAACGUCAUCCGACACCUCGGCGUUGUCGGUGAGUGCAACAUUCAGUAUGCCCUGAACCCCUUUUCAAAGGAGUACUGCAUCAUCGAAGUCAACGCUCGACUGUCCCGAUCUUCUGCUCUGGCUUCCAAGGCCACCGGUUACCCCCUGGCCUUUAUUGCCGCCAAGCUGGGUCUCGGCAUCCCUCUCAAGGAGAUCAAGAACUCGGUGACCAAGGUUACCUGCGCGUGCUUCGAGCCCUCGCUCGACUACGUCGUCGUCAAGAUGCCCCGAUGGGACCUGAAGAAGUUCACCCGCGUUUCCACCCAGCUCGGCUCCUCCAUGAAGAGUGUUGGCGAGGUCAUGAGCAUUGGUCGCUCGUUCGAGGAAGCCAUCCAAAAGGCCAUCCGCGCCAUUGACUUCCACAACCUCGGCUUCGGCGAGACCAAGGCGCUCAUGAGCAUCGACGACGAGCUGCAGACGCCCUCUGACCAGCGUCUCUUUGCCAUUGCCAACGCCAUGGCCCAGGGCUACUCGGUCGACAAGAUCUGGGAAAUGACCCGGAUCGACAAGUGGUUCCUCCGCAAGCUCAAGGGGCUCAGCGACUUCUCCAAGCAGAUGACCCAGUUCACCACCGCCGACAUUGCCCAGAAGCCCAACCUGCUCCUCCAGGCCAAGCGUCUCGGCUUCUGCGACCGCCAGCUGGCCAAGUUCUGGAGCUCCAACGAAAUCGCCGUCCGCCGCCUCCGACUCGAUGCUGGCAUCCAGCCCUUUGUCAAGCAGAUCGACACGGUCGCUGCCGAGUUCCCUGCCUUUACCAACUACCUGUACCUCACCUACAACGCCUCCGAGCACGACGUGGACUUUAGCGACCACGGCGUCAUGGUCCUCGGCUCCGGUGUGUACCGUAUCGGUUCGUCCGUCGAGUUCGACUGGUGCUCCGUCCGGGCCAUUCGCACCCUCCGAGCCACCGGCCACAAGACUAUCAUGGUGAACUACAAUCCGGAGACGGUUUCGACCGAUUACGACGAGGCCGACAAACUGUACUUUGAGAACAUUACGCUGGAGACGGUGCUGGAUAUCUACCAGCUGGAGAGCGCGAGCGGUGUUUUGGGUGCCAUGGGAGGCCAGACGCCCAACAACAUUGCCCUUCCCCUGCACCGCGCCGGUGUCAAGGUCCUGGGUACUUCGCCUGAGAUGAUUGACACCGCCGAGAACCGAUACAAGUUCUCUCGCAUGCUGGACCGCAUUGGCGUUGACCAGCCUACCUGGAAGGAGCUUACCAGCUUUGAGGAGGCCAGGACAUUCUGCCAAAACGUGUCUUACCCGGUGCUGGUCCGCCCUUCGUACGUGCUCUCUGGCGCUGCCAUGAACACUGUGUACUCUGAGAAGGAUCUGGAGAGCUACCUGGCCCAGGCUGCGGAGGUGUCGCGCGAGCACCCCGUUGUGAUUACCAAGUACAUUGAGAACGCCAAGGAGAUUGAGAUGGACGCAGUCGCAAAGGAUGGUGUUGUUGUCGGCCACUUCAUUUCCGAGCACGUCGAGAACGCCGGUGUGCACUCUGGUGAUGCCACGCUCAUCCUGCCCCCUCAGGAUCUCGAGCGCACCACCAUUGAGCGCAUUGAGGAGGCCACUCGCAAGAUUGGUGCCGCCCUGAACGUGACUGGUCCCUUCAACAUCCAGUUCAUUGCCAAGGACAACGACAUCAAGGUCAUUGAGUGCAACGUGCGCGCUUCCCGCUCGUUCCCCUUUGUGUCCAAGACCAUGGGCGUGGACCUGAUCGAGAUGGCCACCAAGGCUAUCAUGGGCCAGCCCUUCCAGGAGUACCCGCCUACGGAUAUUCCUCCCGACUGCGUUGGUGUCAAGGUGCCCCAGUUCAGUUUCUCUCGCCUGUCGGGCGCCGACCCUGUUCUCGGUGUUGAGAUGGCUUCAACUGGUGAAGUUGCUUGCUUUGGUGUCGACAAGAACGAGGCCUACCUCAAGGCUCUGCUGUCCACCGGCUUCAAGAUCCCCAAGAAGAACAUUCUGCUGUCCAUUGGUUCGUACAAAGACAAGAAAGAGAUGCUGCCCGCGGUGCAGAAGCUGCAGAAGAUUGGCUACAAGCUGUUUGCUACGGCCGGUACCGCCGACUUUUUGCAGGAGCACGGCGUCCCUGUCCAGUACCUUGAGGUUCUCGGCAAGGAGGAGGACAAGGACUCCGAGUUCUCCCUCUCGCAGCACCUGUCCAAGAACACGAUUGACCUAUACAUCAACCUGCCCUCCAACAACAAGUACCGCCGUCCUGCCAACUACAUGAGCAAGGGCUACCUGACUCGUCGUAUGGCCGUUGAUUACCAAAUCCCCUUGGUGACCAAUGUCAAGAACGCCAAGAUUCUCAUCGAGGCCAUCGCAAGGAGCUUCGAUCUUAGCGUUUCCAAGCGCGAUUACCAGACCAGCCACAAGACGGUUGUCCUGCCCGGCCUGGUCAACGUCGCGGCCUUUGUUCCCGGCCUGGUCACGCCCGAGAGCAACGAUAUGGAGACGGUCACCAAAGCCUCGCUCUCUGCCGGCUUCAGCAUGAUCCGCGUGAUGCCCCUCGGACUCGAGGGCGCCAUCACCGACGGCAUCACGCUGCGGGCCGCCCAGCAGAACAGCAAGCGCGGCGACUUCUGCGACUACAACCUGUCCGUGUCGGCCACGUCUGACAACGACAGCCAGAUCAGCGCGCUUGCCGGCGAGGUGGGCUCGCUCUUCAUCCCCUUCAACCACCUGUCUGGAAACAUCAGCAAGGUGGCUGCCGUCACCGCCCACUUUGAUGCCUGGCCGACGCACAAGGUCAUUGUCACCGACGCCAAGCUGACCGACCUGGCCUCGAUCCUGCUGCUGGCCUCUCUGCACAACCGCCGCAUCCACGUCACUUCCGUCACCAACAAGGACGACAUCCGGCUGAUUGCGCUGAGCAAGGCCAAGGGCCUGCGUGUGUCUUGCGACGUCUCCAUCUACUCUCUGUACCUGUCGACCAAGGACUACCCCGAGCUGGACCGACUGCUGCCCACGCCCGAGGACCAGGCCGCUCUGUGGGAGAACAUGGCUCACAUUGACGUCUUCUCCGUCGGAAGCCUGCCCUACCAGCUCGCCCAGUCCCUGGGACACAAGGCGGACUCGUCUAGCGGCAUUGCGGACGCCCUUCCUCUCCUGCUCACUUCGGUUAGCGAGGGCAAGCUGACGGUGGAUGACCUCAAGGAGAAGCUGUACCAGAAGCCCAUGGAGAUUUUUGAGCUCCACGACCAGGUCGGCACCAGCAUCGAGGUUGAGAUUGACCGCGCCUACCAGGUGCAGCCUAGCAGCGUGUGGUCGCCGUUUGAGGGCCGCGUCAUGCGCGGAUCCGUCCGCAGGGUCACCUUCCAGGACACCACCGUCUGCCUGGAUGGCGAGCUCCUGCCGGUGCCUCCCAAGGGCAAGGACAUGUCGUCGCACAGCAUCUCCCGCGAGAUGCCCGUCUCGCCGGCUCUGAAGCCCAGCAUGGGACUCAUCUCGCAAGUGACCGAGAGCCCCAAGCCCCGACAGCCGGCGGCGUUCCAGAGCCCCAAGAUUGCGGCCCGGUUCCGCAACGUCGAUGGCUUGGCCUCCCCUGCCAGGCUCGGUGGCGCCGUGGAUGAGCUGGGUCUGUCCCUGCUGCCCCAGCCGACGACUAGCUCCCCUCUGCAGCAGCUGCUGUCGCAGCCCAACUCGUUCAAGAACUCGCACGUGCUGUCCGUCAAGCAGUACACCCGAGCCGACCUGCACCUGCUGUUCACUGUUGCUCAGGAGAUGCGCCUGGGCGUUCAGCGCGAGGGCGUCCUGAACGUGCUCCGCGGCCGCGUCCUCUGCACGCUCUUCUACGAGCCGUCGACUCGCACGUCGGCCUCGUUUGACGCCGCCAUGCAGAGGCUGGGCGGACGCACCAUUGCCAUCUCGACGUCGCACUCGUCUGUGCAAAAGGGCGAGACGCUGCAGGAUACCCUGCGCACGCUGGCCUGCUACGGAGACGCCGUCGUCCUGCGCCACCCCGACGAGACCUCGGUGGAUAUUGCGAAUAAGUACAGCCCUGUCCCUGUGGUGAACGGCGGAAACGGCAGCAAGGAGCACCCGACGCAGGCAUUCCUGGAUCUCUUCACCAUCCGUGAGGAGCUGGGCACCGUGCAGGGCCUGACCAUUACCUUCUUGGGCGACCUGCUGUAUGGCCGACCGGUCCACUCGCUGGUGUACCUGCUCCAGCACUACCAGGUCAAGGUCCAGCUGGUGUCUCCCAAGGGGCUGUCUCUCCCCGCCAAGGUGCGGGAGCAGUUGGUGGCUUCCGGACAGCUGCUGGCCGAGUCCGAGACUCUGACGCCUGAGAUUCUGGCUCGCAGCGACGUCCUUUACUGCACGCGCGUGCAGAAGGAGCGCUUCGAGAGCGUGGAGGCGUACGAGAAGGUCAAGGACUCAUACCGCGUGGACAACGCCACGUUGAAGAACGCCAAGAGCUCCAUGGUGGUGCUGCACCCUCUGCCGAGGAACGAGGAGGUUGCCGAGGAGGUGGACUUUGACCAGAGGGCGGCGUACUUUAGACAGAUGCGGUAUGGUCUUUACUGCAGGAUGGCGCUUCUGGCACUGGUUAUGGCUAGCUCGUAG